AUGGCCAAGAACAAACCCCCAUCGAAGCAUUCGCGCGCCGCCCGCCGCGCCACCUCCCCCUCCAUCAACACGGACAAGUCCCUCAAAGCCGUCUCCCUCCCCAGCAACACCGUGACAACAUCCUCUUUGUCCUCGAGCGGCGCCGGCGCGACGACCCCCACGGCGGACAACAACAACAACAACAACAACAGCAGCAACAGCAGCAGCAUCAGGAACAAGGACCGGCCGUCCGUGCUGGCCGUCCACCGCGCCGCCGGCGUGAGCAAGAAGACGAGCCGCCCCGCGCGCAAGUCGCGCCUCACGGCCAAGAUGCGGCGGCGGCGCGAGCGCGGGCUCGAGAUGGCGGAGGCGGUGACGGAGCGCACGGGGCUCAAGAUCGAGAAGAGCAUCGGGCGCGCGCGCGGGGUGCAGGCGCGGGCCAGGGGGUGGGACGACGUCAACGCGCGGGCGGGCGAGGCGGUGGCGUCGUCGGCGAGGAAUGCGUUUGCGGCGCUGGGCGGUGAUGACGAUGACAAGGGUGAGGAUGGCGAGGGGGAUGAUCAGGAGGAGGAGGAGAAGGAGGAUGGGAAGGGGGGGUGGGAGACGGACGACAGCAUGGAUGGUGAUGUUGGGCCGGUGUCUGUGCCGGCGGGUAUGCGGUCGUCCAUGUUUGCGCCGGGGGUCAAGGCGGAUGUUGCUGCUGCUGCUCCUGCUGCUGGGGGCGGUGACGACGAUGAGGAGAUUCUGUGAGCGAGCUGGACGUCAGAGACGGUCCAAGGUAGACGCGGCGGCGGCGGCGGGCGUGCGUACGUCGACGGGAGGGACGGGAUUGAUGAUGCAUUUCUGGGCGUUUGGGGCGUUGUUUUCGCGACCUUGAGACGGUCAUCUCAUCGCAGGGAAGGACCUUGCAUUGGUCGUCGUGCUUGCUGCUAGAGAGGGACGAGGUCAUGAUGAUGAUGAUAAGGCCCAUGAGCCUAUUCAUAGACAUAUACUUCGUACAUAUGAUACAUAUAUAUACACACACAAGAGCA